AUGCAUGCCGAUAUCCCAGCCCUUUCACGAGAAUGGACCCAAACAGGCCCCAAAACCUACGAGCGAGCAGUUGAUGAUCUAGAAAAGCUUUACCUCUUCUUUGCGGGUAUUGGGCAUGGCCGGCCCGAGAAGCAAAACUGGCAUACAACAACGGCCAUAAAAGUUGAAACCGAGCGUGAGGGUUUUGUCGAAGAUGUCAAAGAAGCCUGGAAAGCUUUGCGAUACGAUCACCCUAACCUUUCGGCUGUCGUUCAAGACGGUCGUUGGAUAUAUCAUGUAGCCGACGAGCAGGAGCUUUGCUUAUGGCUACAGGAAACGUUCUACGUUCACGAUGUGGACCAAACCGCUCGGCAACUCUAUCCCUUCAAUACCAAUCCCAGCACCCGAGCAGUGUUGCAUGUUCUUCCCCGGUCCCAGGAGCUUGUUCUCCAGGCGCCACACACGCACGUUGAUGGUAUAGGGAUGGUGACUGCCUUCGAUAGGAUGAUGCGUUUCCUGGUUGCACCUCUGGCCACCCAGCCUAAUUUUGGAAAAGAAGGCUCUAAUCUCAUACCGCCUCUCAGCAUUACCGCCGAAGUUCCAAAGUAUACGGUUUCGCAAAAACAAACAUGGGACUCCGUCUUCCAGUCCUUUAUUUCACAGUUUCCCUCCAUCCGUGUCCACACCGAAAAUAUUGGAGAACCAGCCAGGAAAGCCAAACUGCAAUGGCUAACCUUUACCGCUGACGAAACAGCCCGUAUAGUUGCUAGGUCAAAAGAACUCGGCUUCUCUGUCACAGCCGCUGUGCAAGCUGCCAUCUCACAUGCAGCAAUUAUACACGGGCAGACCAAUAGCACAGCACACACCACACUAGCCAUCUACAAUGCGCGCGAAUAUAUCAACCCCCAGUUAUAUCCCCAUCAAAAGCUAGUGGGGCCGCACGUCUUCGCUCUGCCGGCUGUGAUCCCUGUUACUCCGGACUCGUUCAUCGAAACGGCACGACAGGCAAAGCAGAUAUUUAUCGAUUAUAAAAAGGAUGGCUUUCUACGGGCCAUAAGCCCGGUGUACGUCUCCGAGUUUGUCGCGGCACUUUCGGCCCCACCACCGCCUGAAAUGCCUGUCCCGGCAGAUUUACAGCUAUCUAGCUUGGGGGUUAUGAACAAAUACAUCGAUCCCGUCUAUUGGCCAUCAGAGCAGGGAUCCGGCAAAGGGCGGCCACAUUUGAAAGUUCAAGACCUUUGGAUAGCUCUUGAUAUAUUAACUCCCGACGUGGCAGCUGAGGUCUGGACAUUCAAUGAGCGCCUUGUUAUUCAGUUGAUUUAUAACGAAGCGUUUCAUCGGGAAGAGAGUAUCACAUAUUUACUAGGGCUGAUUCAGGAACAGUUGACCCAAGGCUUGGGCUUGAACCUAGGGACUGAUACCGGGGUUCCGGGGGAUGAGGGUUUUCUCGAGAUUCAGAAGGCAAAUGGGAAAGACUGA